CAGCUGCGCCGGGCCCGCCCCCGCGCCGCAUGCACGGCCCUGCGUGCGGGGGCCCAGCGCAGAGCCGCACUGCAGACCGGGCUGGACAGCAGCAGCGAUGCCGCAGGUAAGGUGCAGCCGGGCCACAACCUCCGGCCCUGCUGUGUGUUGGAACACCGCGGGCCCCGCGCGGGGACGGCCGCAUAUCCCUGCUCCAGCUGCCUCUCUCCUAGCGCUGAGCACGGCUGAUAUGCCAUGGGGUGUCCAAGGGGCUGGCCGGGGUCUGCCCUUGUCCCCCUCCUGCUGCUCGGCCUCCCGGCGCUCUCCUCUGCAGGUGAGGCUGUAGUGGGGUCCGUUGCACUGCUCCGGCAGCAGGACCCCCCCGCUGCAGCUCUGACGUGCCGCGGCUCUCCGGCAGGGCUGGGGGAACUGGGCCCCACCAUCGACGGGCAGCCGUGGACAGUGUGCACGCUGCAGGAGGGGGAGAGCCGUGCCUUCACCUGCCGGGUCCCCCAGCCAGUGCCCGGUGCCACACUGGCCUGGUACCUCAACGGCCAGAGGCAGGAAGCCAACCUCUCAGCUGCAGGCACUGCCAGCACCGUCACCCUCACUGCCCGGCGCUCUGACCACCAACUCAACUGCUCCCUGACCGACCCAGCCUCAGGGAGACACAAUGCCUCUGUCCUCCUCAAUGUGCAGUAUAAGCCAGAGAUCCUGAGGGCAGGUGCCCACUACCAGGAGGUCGAGGGUUCUGGCCUCCUCCUGGUGCUCUUUGUGCUGGUGCAAGCCAACCCACCUGCCAGCAUCACCUGGGUGGACCAGGAUGGGCACAUGAUGGCCAAUGCCUCCGAGUUCCUCCUCCUGGGUGCCACACACUACCCAGGGCUGGCCAACCACUCGCUCCGCAUCCAUCUCAGCAGCGUGGCUGGGAACUUCUCUGUCAGUGCUGCCAACAGCGUGGGCAUCACCACCACCUCACUCCUACCCACAGGUCUGCUGGAUGCCCAUGUGGAGCUGCCCCUCCUGGGUGUUGCCGUCGGAGCAGCACUGGCCCUGGCCACCCUACUCAGCCUGGGCUCCUGUGCUGCCUGCCUGGCGUGCCGCUCACCCAAGCUGGUGCCAGGCCCAGGGCAAGCAGAAGGGAGCAGCCUGCCCAGCCGGUGCUCCCGUUGCAGUGGCUCUGAGCACCCACAGCCCCAGGGCACACGCCUGCCCCGCCAGACCCGGUCCCUGCCGCCUGACCUGCACCUCAGUGACCUCGCACAGGAGGAUGGAGCUUCCCCCAAGGAUGUGGGAGCUGGUGCCAGGGGAGAAGACAGUGCCGUGCCAGGGCUGGAGAAUCACCUUGUCCUCAACAAGCUUGCUCCCAAUGUCUGGGCGCAUCUACAAAGUGCCCAGUGUAAGCAGCGACGAGAUCUGGCUGUGAAUCGCGGUGCCCAUGAGCCAGGUGCCCAGCCCCAGGUGCUGUUGGCAGCUGCCGUAUGCACAAAGGCGGGGAAGGCCAUCGUGUCCCGGCAGUUCGUGGAGAUGACCCGCACCCGCAUCGAGGGGCUGCUGGCGGCGUUCCCAAAGCUGAUGAACACGGGGAAGCAGCACACGUUCGUGGAGACGGAGAGCGUGCGGUACGUCUACCAGCCCAUGGAGAAGCUCUACAUGGUGCUGAUCACGACCAAGAACAGCAACAUCCUGGAAGACCUGGAAACACUCCGGCUGUUCUCUAGAGUGAUCCCUGAAUACUGUCGAGCCCUGGAGGAGAAUGAGAUCUCUGAACACUGCUUUGACCUGAUCUUUGCAUUUGAUGAAAUCGUCGCCCUGGGCUACCGCGAGAACGUAAAUCUGGCGCAAAUUCGGACCUUCACUGAGAUGGACUCGCAUGAGGAAAAGGUGUUCCGGGCAGUGCGAGAGACGCAGGAACGCGAAGCAAAAGCUGAGAUGCGCCGUAAAGCAAAGGAGCUGCAGCAGGCCAGGAGGGAUGCAGAGAGACACGGCAAGAAGGCACCCGGUUUGGGGGGCUUCGGCAGCUCAGCCGUGUCUGGGGGCACGACGGCAGCAAUGAUCACAGAGACCAUCAUUGAGACCGAGAAGCCCAAAGUGGCACCAGCACCAGCCAGACCUUCAGGUCCCAGUAAAGCCUUGAAGCUCGGCGCUAAGGGGAAGGAGGUGGACAACUUUGUGGACAAGCUGAAAUCAGAAGGAGAAAAUAUCAUGACUUCUGUAGGCAAGCGCUCUGCGGAAGCAGCCAAGUUCGCUCCUCCUGUUAACAUGGAGAGUGUGCACAUGAAAGAGGAGAAAAUCUCCUUGACUUGUGGCCGCGAUGGAGGGUUGCAGAACAUGGAGCUGCAUGGCAUGAUCAUGCUACACAUCUCCGAUGAAAAGUUUGCACGGAUUCGCCUGCCUGUAGAAAACGAAGACAAGAGGGGAGUGCAGCUGCAGACUCACCCAAAUGUGGACAAGAAGCUCUUCACUACAGAGUCACAGAUUGGUUUGAAGAACCCAGAGAAGUUUCCUAUUAACAGCGAUGUGGGUGUGCUGAAGUGGAGGUUGCAGACCACGGAAGAGUCUUUCAUUCCAUUGACGAUUAACUGCUGGCCCUCAGAGAGCGGAAACAGUUGUGAUGUCAACAUUGAAUAUGAGUUGCAAGAGGAGAGCCUAGAGCUGAACGAUGUGAUCAUCACCAUCCCCUUGCCGUCUGGUGUCGGCACCCCAGUGAUUGGGGAGAUUGAUGGCGAGUAUCGCCACGACGCCGGAGAAAACCUCCUCGAGUGGUGCCUGCCAGUGAUAGAUGAAAACAAGAGUGGCAGCCUGGAGUUCAGCAUAGCAGGGCAGCCAAACGACUUCUUCCCGGUGCAAGUCGCCUUCGUUUAAAAGAACUAUUGCAACAUACAGGUUACCAAAGUGACCCAGGUAGACGGGAACAGCCCUGUAAGGUUUUCCACUGAAACCACCUUCCUGGUGGACAAGUACGAAAUCCUGUAAUGCUAGACGUGAGGAAGUGCAAAGGAAGAAAUUUUUUAAAUUAAAACAAAAAAAAGAGACCGACGUUUAUUCUGAAUGUUGGGAACGCCGCAGCCCCCUCUGCUAGGACAUGUGGCUCCGUCUGCCAUCUGCAGCGUUCCUGGGUCACAGACAUUUUUGGAAGAGAAUUGACGUGGUCGUGGGGGGAAAGGCCACAAAUUCUUUGGCAGAUUUUUACCGGCCGGCAGAAAAGCAAGAUCUCCGCAGAGAGCCUGACUUUGAUGUGUUCCCUCCUCCCUGGCGACGCCCGGAGCUCAGCCCCAGAGCCGACCAGACAUCGUUCCCUACCCUCCCAAAGCGUCACAUGCUGUUCCGUUGUUGGUGCUUACAUUUUGGUUUCUCCUCGUCCUCCAGCUCUCGUUUCCAUUGAGGAAAGCAGGCACUGAGAGAACGUGUGUGGGGCCGCCUGCUGCUCCGGACCCUUCCAUCUGGUGGAAGCUGAGCAAGUUGCCCUUGGCCUCAGAGGUGGGGGGAUCGUAGCAGGGGCACAGGGUGGGUAAGAGGGACCAGGGGCUUUGGUCCUUUGCCCCACAAGGUUACUGCCAUUCCUUGAGCCCUGCUGUGCUGCGAUGGCUCAGCUCCAGGUGCUCUGGCUCCUGCUGCAGGGGGAGAGCUUCCAUAGGGGACUGUGUCCUCGCUGUUUGCCACAGCUGCUCUUGGGCCAGGCUUUGGAGGAGGUUUAGUUAGGUUAGAACCAGCUGCGUGUCCUUUGCAAGGCCCUUUUGGUAUCUGGGAGGCAGAAGGCUUUUCCUGCCUGGGUGAAAGGAGCUGAACCCGGGUAACUCUGCCUGCUGGUCAGAACAUGUCCCAAACCAGUGUUUGUUCAGUGCUGGCAGGUGGGGGAGAAGGAAACGCUGUUUUCCAGGAAACAUGGGGGCUGAUCUGAGCUGUUCCUCUCCCCACUGCCUCACCAGCAUUAUUUGCCUCAUCUCACAGACCUGUGCUCCCCUCACAACUCAUCUCACCUGUGUGGCUGGGGCCUGUCACAAGUGUCACCUGCCCCCGGGCACACCUCACCUCUGGCCGGAGGGCCUGAGUGUGUGUGUGGAAGGCAAAGGCCCUAGAAGUGCAUGUACUGUGUGCUCUGUGAGAGACAGCCAGCCUGUCACGGGCCCCUGGGGUCCUCUGCCAAAGAAGUCCGUGGUCUCUCCUCUGCUGGCAGCACCUGAGAGAGAAAUCAACCCUGGUCCUGUCCUGGGAGGGCAAACCCUCCUCCCUAGCAAAGUAGGCAAUGAAUCCCAGUAACCUGGUCCUGUUCAGAGCUGCUUGUCUGUAUGAUUUUAAAAUGGAGUCGAGGCUAGUUCAAGCAUCCAAGGAGCUUUUUUUUUUUCUUACAUUCGUUGGAGGGUGAUAUUUAAACCAAGCUGAGAUCUCCCCUUUUUGUAACCCCAUAUGAUCCUGGCCUAGGGAAUAGAGCACAUUCCAGUGUACACAGAGAAUACUGAGUCUAAUCAAAUAAAGUACUGUCAAAGGA